GUGCUUUAAAUUGAUAUAUGUAAACCCUAGAUAAAUGAAAAGAAAAGACAAAAGUGGUUGGAAGAGAAAGAUACUCCUCUCCCUGGUUUUUGAAUUGGACUAAAAUUCUGCUUUUUCAUCGCAUGCAUAGAGUCUGGUAAAACACGCACUGGACACUAAGCCUGCAAGCCAUGUCUUCCUCCCCAGCAUCCCUCUGCACUUACCAGCUCUAUACUCCCUUCAAUGCCAAUACCAAAAAUCGAUUCUUAACCAGACCCCAACCUGCGACUUCGUCAAAUUUCCACAAGAAAUCCCAAUUUCGAAAAACCCUUGUUGUCCGAGCCACAGCUCCUGAUUCUAGAGCUACCCGGAAACAAGUAGAGGUAGUAUAUGAUCUUGAAGAAAAGUUUAAUAAAUUAGCCGAUGAAGUGGAUAGGCAGGCUGGCAUUUCAAGGCUAACUUUGUUUUCUCCUUGCAAGGUAAAUAUUUUCUUGAGAAUUACAGGCAGAAGAGAAGAUGGGUUUCAUGAUUUGGCAUCUCUGUUUCAUGUAAUUAGUCUAGGAGAUAAAAUAAAGUUCUCUCUAUCACCAUCAAAGUCAAAGGACUCUUUAUCAACUAAUGCUCCUGGUGUUCCUCUUGAUGAAAGAAAUUUGAUAAUAAAGGCGCUUAAUCUUUACAGGAAAAAGACUGGAACAGACAAGCACUUUUGGAUUCAUCUUGAUAAGAAGGUACCUACUGGGGCUGGUCUUGGUGGUGGGAGCAGCAAUGCUGCAACAGCCUUAUGGGCAGCAAAUCAAUUUAGUGACGGUCUUGCCACUGAAAAGGAUCUGCAAGAAUGGUCGAGUGAGAUUGGUUCUGAUGUACCGUUUUUUUUCUCUCAUGGAGCAGCCUACUGUACUGGUAGAGGCGAGGUUGUUCAAGAUAUCUCAUUCCCGACGCCCUUUGACAUUCCAAUGGUUCUCAUUAAACCGCCAGAAGCAUGCCCUACGGCUGAAGUUUACAAGCAUCUUCAAUUAGAUAAAAGUAGUAAGGUUGACCCCUCAAUCCUGCUCGAGAAGAUUUUGAAGAAUGGAGUUUCUCAAGAUGUUUGUGUCAAUGAUUUAGAGCCUCCUGCAUUUGAGGUCCUUCCGUCUCUGAGAAGAUUAAAACAGCGUAUAGCUGCUGCAAGCCGAGGGCAAUAUGAUGCCAUUUUCAUGUCCGGAAGUGGAAGUACUAUAGUGGGGAUUGGUUCACCAGAUCCCCCACAGUUUCUGUAUGAUGAAGAAGAGUAUAAGGAGGUCUUCUUGUCAGAAGCCAGCUUCAUCACACGUGCACCUAAUCAGUGGUAUACAGAAUCGGUUUCAGUCAAUCCCUGCGACUCUCCUACAGAAUUUUCUUAAUGUUUGGUGUGUUUUUCCACACCCUUUGUUGUAUGUGAGUUGAUAAAUGAUAAUAAUAAUAAUAAUUUCAAGUGUCAUAAUUAGCUCUAUUGUGUUCA